AUGACGACGGGGGAGGUUGGGAUCUUGAAAUCAACUCUUCUGCCCUCAUUCGGUCUUUAUUCUGGCCUAUCGGUUGCGGCCUAUGUUGCCGCUGAAAGAACAGACCGCGUCGAGAUCAAAGACUGGCUUUGGCCAUCGGGUCAAGUCCUCAAUGCAUGGUGGACAGCCAUCGGACGACCGAUGUACGAAACCGGCACCUCUUUCAAUGAUGCCUGGAGGGGCCUCACCUGGACUGAGAAGCUUCUUCUCGGUGGAGUGACUGUCUGGGGUUCGCGGCUGUUUGCCCGGAUCGUGAGUCGGUCGCUGGCUCGUGGGCGGGAUGAUCCGCGGUAUGAUGCUCAGAAGAACGAAAAAGGCUUCUGGAAAUCGGCUUUCUUCAAGGUUUUCCUACCCGAAGCUGGUUUCUUGAGUAUCAUCUCCUUGCCUGUCACUGUGCCUUUCUCCAUGGGCGAUACAACCCUCUCGCUGAGCACGAAUACCCUCAACACGAUUCGUGCAUUGGGCGUGGGGCUGUUCAGCUCCGGCUUUGCGCUGGAGGUAAUGGCUGAUACGCAGCUGGAGCUCCAUCGCAAAGAGCGAGACGAUCUGUGCCGACAUGGUGUCUGGAGCCUGGUGCGCCAUCCAAACUAUUUGGGAGACACGCUGGUCCAUCUCUCGUUUCUCCUUCUGAAUUUCACCUAUUCAUUUCACCCAGUAGUAUUCCUUGGCCCACUCGCCAACUAUGUGUUCCUUCGCUUUGUGGGUGGUGACAUGCAGACGGAGGCGAGUCAAGAAAAGCGCUACCAGGCAGAGAAUUCUCCGAAGUAUGAGCAGCUGCAGAACUGGCGUGGCGAGAACAAUAGUUUCUGGCCUGCCUGGAAGGACUUGACGAAUCCUUGGGCUUUCGCAGUUGCAGGAUGUGGGUUCAUUGGCGUGGUUGUGGAAGAGGUUGUGCGAAGCAAUUGCACUCUGCGGUGA